CUCCUUAACUAUUCCUCCAAUAAUUCCCUUUUUAGAAAUAUUCCUCUUAAUGCCUCAUUUUUCAAAAAAAAAAUAUAUCAAAAUAAAAAAAAUGCCUCUAUUUCUCCCUCCCUCCCUCCCCUCCUCCUCCUCACGUCCUCUCUCUUUUCCCUCCGCCGCUCACUCUUCCAUUCUCCGUCCCCAAACGCAAAACCCUAAACCUAGAUUGGAACCCCAGAAUCCUCAUCGGGAGCCCUCUCUCCUAUGCCGGCGAUGGCGCCCCGGCGGGGCCUCUGUUCGGCGGCUUGACCCGAUAGGUUGGGAGAGUUAAGGGAGGAGUGGUGGUUUGAUUGGAGAUGGGAGGGGUGAAGUCCACGAUGGUGGCGAGGUUCGCUUUUUUCCCUCCCGACCCGGCGUCGUAUGGGGUGGUGGUGGAGGACGAGGCGUCGGGGCGGCUGGUGAUGACGGAGGUGCCGCGGCGGGAGGGGGUGGAGGUCCGGAGGCUGCAGACCAAGCGGGGGACCGAGAUAGUGGCCAUGUACGUGAGGAACCCCGAGGCCAAGCUCACCGUGCUUUACUCCCACGGCAAUGCGGCGGACCUCGGGCAGAUGUAUGAGCUCUUCGUCGAGCUCAGCCAUCACCUCCGAGUGAACUUGAUGGGGUAUGACUAUUCUGGCUAUGGACAAUCAUCUGGAAAGGCAAGCGAGCAAAAUACUUAUGCAGAUAUUGAGGCUGCUUAUAGAUGCCUUGAGGAGACAUAUGGAGCCCACGAAGAAGAUAUCAUUUUAUAUGGUCAAUCUGUUGGCAGUGGGCCCACUUUGGAUUUAGCUACUCGCUUGCCUCAUUUGAGAGCAGUUGUUCUACAUAGUCCCAUUUUGUCUGGUCUACGAGUGAUGUAUCCUGUGAAGCGUACAUAUUGGUUUGACAUAUACAAGAACAUUGAGAAAAUUCCACAUGUCAAGUGUCCUGUGCUGGUAAUUCAUGGAACUGAUGAUGAUGUUGUGAAAUUCUACCAUGGGAAGCAGCUUUGGGAACUGUGCAAAGAGAAGUUUGAGCCUCUCUGGAUUCAGGGAGGGAACCAUUGUAACUUGGAACUUUAUCCUGACUAUAUAAGGCAUCUAAGAAAAUUUAUAUCAGCCAUAGAGAAGUCACCUGCAAUAAAAAAUGAAUCAGCUGAGAGCUCAGAUCUCUCUGAGGCUCCUAGGACAAGCUCUGACCGUUCAGAGUUUCCAAGGAAGAGCACUGACCAGAAGGAGAAGUCUAGGCUUAGCACUGAUAAUCCAGAGUUUCCCAGGAAGAGCACCGACCAGAAGGAGAAGUCUAGGCCAAGCACCGAUGGUUUGGAGUUUCCAAGGAAGAGCAUAGAGCAGAAGACUAGGCCAAGCACCGACAGCUUGGAGUUUUCAAGGAAGAGCACAGAGCAGAAGUCUAGGACAAGCAUUGACCGCAGAGAGAAACAUAGGCAAAGCACAGAUCGGAGAGAAAAGUCAAGAGCCAGCACUGAUAGGAGAGAAAAAUCAAGAAGAAGUGUUGAUCGUUCUGACAAUUCGAAGGAUAACAUGGACCAGCCAGAGAAACCAAGGAAAAGCUUUGAUCGCUUUGGAGAUAUGAUGAGAUCGGUGGGGUUGUGCAAUAUCGACUGUUUCAAAGACAAAGCUUCCGGGGCCUGAGGUAUUCAGAGGUCUAUGAAAAUUCCUCGGUGAAGUGCUUCUCAACCACUGCCAAUGGAUUAGCCUUAUUCUAUGCACUAUCCGUGUAGUCAGAUAACUGUCAGGUGUGCAGCAGCCAGAUAAUAUUUAUAAUAUAUGGCAUCCAUCAGUCUGGUAUUUCUAGGGAAUGCUGUUAAAAAAUGGACCAAAAACUUGAUCUUUUUGCUCUUCCAGAUGGGUCUAUUUCAAGAUUUUUUAUGUGGUCAGCCAGGCCUGACCCUCUAACAACCCUUUCCUAUGUAGUUCUCUGCUCCAAGAGAACUUUUUAGCUUUGCCUGUUUUGUGAUGAGCAUGUGCAUCAGAAUCAACAUUGUGAAUCAGAACUACACAUAAUUUUGUGAUUUUAAUUUUUUUUAUAGUGAUUGAAUAUUGACUUUGAGUUUCAAUGCUCAUUAUUUGUAAUAAUUUUGUCAAUAACUUGUUUUA